AUGCGAAAAGACUACAACCUUUGGACGUCGUUAAAAAUUGGUGAAAUAGGUCUAGGUUGGAAUGAGAGUACACGACAACUAAAAUGUUCGGAUGAAUGGUGGAACAAGAAAAUUAAGGAAAACCCGAAUCUUAAGGGAAUUCCAAAAAAACAACAUUCUUUAGAGCUACAAGAAGCAUGGGAUCACAUAUUUGGGGAUGCGGUUGCGAGUGGUGCAGACUGUAUGGCACCAUCCAUGUAUUCAAGUACUCUCAAUACUACGCCUCAUGUUAUUAUUGAUGAUGAAAAUCCUACGACGUGUGAUGAUGUAGCAACCGGUGAUCAUGUCCAAACUGGUGAUGCCACUUUUUUCUCUUCACAAAACCUUCAACUCUUUGAUCACGUGGAUAACUUAGAAGAAGAAAAUGCCGCUUUCUAUUCAAAUUUUAUAAAUUGGGUCGGCGAUGUCUUGUCACCGAACAAUACUGGGGGAUCUACUCAACUUCAAAUGAGUUACAAAGAAAGUUCUAAACUUAAACCUGUACAUAUGAAACAUAAAAAUAGAGAGUCAGUAGGAUCUUCAAUGUUUAAGGGGUUUAUGACUCAACAAAAUUCCAUUCAAAAACGUACUCUUGAACUAUUAGGGUCAGAUACAUUUACUGGCAAUCAAAGUCAACAUUUUAGUAUAAGUGCAGCUGUAGGUUUGAUUAAUCGAAUGGUUGAUGAUGAGAUAAUGACAAAUGAGAGCGAGUUGUAG